GGGGCGAACUGCGCAAGCGCACGCGCAGACUCUCCGGGUACCGAGCUCAGCUGAUGCAGUUGUUGUGCUACCCCUCCCCCGCAGCUCUCCGGGCUGCACUCUGGCCGGAGCUCGGUCCCGCCCCGGGACCCGGGACGCUGUGACCCUGUCCUGUGGCCCGCUCGCACCGGAGCAUCCCGGGACCGCGCAGCACUCCGCGUGCGGUUUCUAGAGCAUCUGAGAACCGUGUUGAGUUCACAAGACCGCGGUAUAAACAUUGAGAGCCCGGGGAGGAGACGAAGGGGAUCUACCACUCCUUUUAAAAACCUCAAACAUGGGAAAGUCUCUUUCUCACUUACCUUUGCAUUCAAAUAAAGAAGAUGGCUAUGAUGGUGUUACAUCGACAGACAAUAUGAGAAAUGGAUUGGUUAGCAGUGAAGUGCACAACGAAGACGGAAGAAAUGGAGAUGUCUCUCAGUUCCCAUAUGUGGAAUUUACUGGAAGAGAUAGUGUCACUUGUCCCACUUGCCAAGGAACAGGAAGAAUUCCUAGGGGACAAGAAAACCAACUGGUGGCAUUGAUUCCGUAUAGUGAUCAGCGGUUACGGCCAAGAAGAACAAAGCUGUAUGUGAUGGCAUCUGUGUUUGUCUGCCUGCUCCUGUCUGGAUUGGCUGUGUUUUUUCUUUUCCCUCGAUCUAUUGAGGUGAAGUACAUUGGAGUAAAAUCAGCCUAUGUCAGCUACGACGCUGAAAAGCGAACCAUAUAUUUAAAUAUCACGAACACACUAAAUAUAACAAAUAAUAACUAUUACUCUGUUGAAGUUGAAAACAUCACUGCUCAAGUCCAGUUUUCAAAAACCGUGAUUGGAAAGGCUCGUUUAAACAACAUAACUAACAUUGGCCCGCUUGAUAUGAAGCAGAUUGAUUAUACGGUACCCACAGUUAUUGCAGAGGAAAUGAGUUACAUGUAUGAUUUCUGUACACUGCUCUCCAUCAAAGUACACAACAUAGUACUCAUGAUGCAAGUUACUGUAACAACAGCAUACUUUGGACACUCUGAGCAGAUAUCUCAGGAAAGAUACCAGUAUGUCGACUGUGGAAGGAACACGACUUACCAGUUGGCCCAGUCUGAGUAUCUAAAUGUCCUUCAGCCACAACAAUAAACUCUAAAGGAGAUGUGGUUAGAGCCGAUGACACACCUGACACAUCGCCAGACCUGUCAGUGAGGAGGUACUGCCUAGAAGGACAUCUUUAAUUAAGCACGUCUGAAGUUUACACUGGGACGUCGAGGGUUCAGCUGACAGACUCUGGUCCUUGUGUAGUUCCUGGACUCUCCCUUUCUGUGUUGGCGAUUCGCUCCUACCAAGAGCCUUUCGUCCAGCUUAAGUUAACUGAUUGGCUUUCUUCUCACCUUUGUUCCCAAGGUGAAAAAUUGAGACUUCUGUAGAAUACAAUAAAUAAUUAUAUAAAAGUCAUAGAUUUAAUCUAUAUAUCUAUUGAUAAUAUAGUUCAGUCCUGAACGUAAUUUGAAAAAUAACUUCUGAAGAUUUUUAUAUGAAAAUACUGAAAGCCUAUUAUUCAUGGAGAACUUUUAAAAACUGACCUGUUUUAUAAAUUCCCAUUCUUACAUGGUAGUCUUUCAACUAUAUGAUAACUUAGCUAUUAGCUAAAUGUUUUUAGCCUUUAAUUUCUUGAAAUUCUACUGAUUUGCAUGUUUUGUCUUAUUUCUAGCUAAUGGUUGCAUAAUAUUUACCAACCAUAACAGUCUGCCACAUUCUGUUCUACAUUUUGUAAGAACCUCUCAGUAUGUGUUUCGUGUAUAACUUUGUGAACUUUCUGUGUGAUCUUCAAACAUAUUCCUUUAAUGUACAAUAUUGUAAAUAAAGUGCAUGGCUUUUAUACAGCUUUGAUAAAGGUCAAAUGAAGUGGUGCAGAGUAAGAAGUAGAGCAGGUUGUUCGUCAACAAUAAGGUAGGAAAGUGAGAUUCCGAAACCUAUAAAGUAUCAGGAGGUUCCAGCUACAGGUUGGAUCUGGCAUAACAUAGAUGCAUAAUAAAACACUUUGAUGCUCUACUUUUUAUGUUGCUUUUCAUAUUAAUUAUAUAGAUGCUUUUCCCAGCAAUUAGGUAUCAUCAAUUUUAUGAAUGUUUUAGGGAAGAAAAUCAUUUCUUUCUAGAAAUUAUUCAAGAAAUAAUUUCAUUGAAUACUGGUGACCACAUCAAAAUAAAACCUAUAGUUUGCUUAAAAAAUUUAAUCAUUACCCAUCAUCCUGAUUCGAUGUUUCUAGCAGUUACAGUAAACAUUUAUUUUUAAAUUUUGUCUAACGUGGUUUUCAAAUAUGAUGGAUGUAUUCAUCUUGUUGCUUUAUAUUUCCAUUGUCAUUUUUGACCAAGUAUUUUCCUUAUUCACCCAGCAAAUUUCAGAACCCAUUAAAGUACAUUCUGGUUUCUUAUGUCAGAAGUUGGAUUUUCCUUUUCCCAUACCCAAGUGCCUCCGUUCGUUAUGGUGUAGUCUGCUCCUCAGUCAGGCUCUCAGGUGGAAAGCAUAAACUCUUAACGGCUUCAUUCUGCCCUUGAAGCACUCAUCUUUCCUCAGCAUUCAUCCUGCAUUCGCUGCAUGAGAGAGCUUUGGGAUGAUCCGUGGUCUGUGGGUGGCCACCCUUCCCGGUACACCCAGAGCAUCCUCUGCAGCCGUUCACCUGUUCACCUUCUAGUCAAGCUGGGCUUUGUUUGUUUGUUUGUUUUUUUCUGUGCUUGCUGGUCACCUCCAUUCUUGAAGCUGCACAGUUGGCUGGUUGUGCUUGCAUUUUUCAAAUCAAUCUCAUUUCAUUAUAUGCAGUCUCUCCCUUUUAUGUAACUGUCUGUGAGUCAUUUGUUUCAUUUCAUUUGUUUGUUUUGUCUAGAAAUGUCUACUCCUAUUACUUAAAAGUUACCACUGUCUUUCAUUUGGCUACUCAGCUGAACACUAGCCAUAAAGACAUGUAAGGUGUACAAAAUCAUCAUCCAUCUAUCUCUUCAGAAUCACCCUUUACCUAUGCCUCAUGUAAUAAUCACUUUCUGUGAUUUUAGUGUGAUGUGUAUUUUAGUCCAGGAGAGCGCUGUGGAAGAGAAGUUUGUUUUUCACGUUCUUCCAGAGUUAUGGACAAGGCCUACCAAGGCAGGACAGUACAGUGAACUUUGCUCCCAGUGAUUCAGUUUCAAAAAUCUUUUUGUAACUAUUUACAUUGAAAUUUCUAUCUCAUCCAGUUCUAAUGUCUAGCUUUAAUAAUGCUUGAGUCAUUUGAAAACCCAGCCUGCAACUCUUCAACGAAAAUCAAGUAGCUUCUGGGUAAGCCAGGCUGCUAACAGCUGUAAGUUAAUAAAACUCAAACCAAAUGAACAAACCCAAGCUGAACAACAGCCAUGAAGACAUCUGCAACUGAGUGAAGCUUUGUGCUUUUCUUAGGUCUGGUUUAUCGAGGUCUGACUUCUGGCAGGGAGGAAGAGAAGGUAUUAAUAUAUUUUUAUGAGCACCACGAGAGCUUAGCCAGGGACAUGAUGAAGACAUUACCAUGUUGCCCCAUGCUCACAGGGGUAAAUUCUGUUCUACACUAACCCAGCACUGCCCUAGCCUCUGUGUGGACAACACACUGGCUGUUGCUCCUCUGUCUGCUUUUCUUAUGUAAUUUCUUAACAGGACACUGGGAGGAUUUGGUUUAAAAUUAUAUAUUAGUAAAUACUUCAGUUGCAGCCAGAAGCUGCUUCUCUGACUCUUAUCUGUGCCCUAUCAAUUACAAUGUCCAUUGGCAAGCCAUGGUAACUCAGGUUAGUACAAUUACAAAUUGAAAAAGUGGCCAGCAAGGUGGGGCAGCGGUUGAGGAUGGUGGCCACCAAGCUUGAUGACCUGAGUUCAAUCUCUGUACCUCACAGAAGGAGAGAACUGGCACUCUUCUCGGAUGUCCGUUCACGUACAGUACAAUACCACAUAUAUAGUGUACACACACACACAAACACAAAAAUGCAUCGAUGCCCAUUCACAAACAGUACAGUAUAUACACACACACACAUACAUACACACAUACAUACACAUACAAAUGCAUGAAAAAAUAAAGUUAAAGUUCUUGAAGUUAAUAGUGAUGGCUAAGAUUUUGGUAGCUUUGAAUUGCUAUCUGAAAUAUUUCUAAAAGUAAAUUAAACGAUGUAGAAUCCUUCAGAACCAAAGCUGGAGCUUAAUUUUUAUGUGUUAAUAUUUAAUACUUCACAAUCAUUCCAAUAAAAAUAAAACUGACAUUUUUGGUGUGAAUUAUUUAUAAGUAAGGUUAUUACAUUUGAGAUUUGAAAUACAGAGUUGAAAAUACUAGACAUGAGAUAAAUUUCUUGAAAUUGCUUGAAAGACUAUCUUGCCUGAGGUGACAUUUCAUAGAACAUAACUAUUUUGUUAUCAGUUUUCCUUUGACUCCUGUUUACCCAAUCUUAAUGAAGUAAUUUUUUUUCUUAAAACCUAUUAAAAGAAUAAAAUAUAACUGACUUCAGAUCUUAUAAUUUGCACUUAGGAAAUGGUGGUGCAGUGUAAAAGGAUGUGGGAGGCUGACAUCCAAACACAGUCUAAGUAACAUUGGGGCAAUUGGAACUUGGCCCUAAAGGGCCUUGUGGUUUUUAGCCUACUGUGGAAUAAUUUUGGCUAUUAUGUUGGCAGGUGUGCUGACUCUUUUCCGUUCUGCUUUUUAAAGUGCUUAAAUCAACUGGUUGUUAACACAUUGCGUCUUAUUUUAGAAGAUAGUUUCAUUCAUAUGUUUUUAAAAUAUGAAUACUUUUUACAUUUUCAAAUACAUUUUUUGUCUUCUUUGAUAAGUAUAAAAGCUAAACAUUUAGCCAUUGGUUUAUAAUCAAACGGUAAACCGUGAUGCCUGAGACACUAAAGUGCCACAGCUGCUUGGCUCAGUGUGUCUUAGAGUGGGCAGCCUUAUUUCUCUGACUACUUUGUGGAACUAGAUUUUAAAUGAAACAUUUAUCUUUAACUUUCUAAAGAAAAUUAGUACAUAUCUUAGAGAGCUGAAUAAAAAAAUCACUAUUUCUUCAAAGUUGUAAUUUUAGAUUAAGAUAAAUGUAUUUGUGAUACACUUACUUGGCUCAAAAUUUAACUUGUUUAUCAAAGACCUAUUUACAUCAGAGUCUUCAUUCAUAGUUUCUGGUUGCAACUACUUUGUGCGGUUUUAGCUUGCUUAGAGAACAGGUUUCACAGAGGAGCUCUGACGCUUAUCUUUAAAAUCGAUAAAAGCAACAGCAAUGGGAUUACUGUAGGAACACAAAUAGAAUUUCCAUGUUUUAAGCUCUUCUUGUUCCUUUUUACAUGUGGUAACACAGACUCCAAGCUGAAGAUACAGUGUGGUUGGGGUUCAACCCUCAAAGCAGUGCAUAGACAACGUAGCAAGAUUAUGAGGAGCGUUUCAUAGUUAAGUCUAACUAUUCUAGAAGGAAGCUGUUGCCUUCUGUUUAAUUACAUUCAUUGAAAUGUGUUUAAGUGAAAUAUUUUCAGGACAUUUUGUAUGCUGUAAAACAAAAAAGGAAUUGUAUUGUGCCAAUGGCCAAAGGUGAUAUUACUACCAUGUAGAUGAUGACAGUUCAAAUUGUCCCAAGUCACCCAGAAUUUUAGAAACUAGAAGUCUGGGGGACACCGCAUCAGCUGUAUUGGGUGAUUCUUAAGUGCCGUACACACUGCUCAUCUUGUAAACGUCCAGCAUGAGAAGGAGCAAUGUCAGGCAAGCUGCACAGAUACAGAAUUUCAUGGCACAGGCUGGUGUCAGACAUAAGUAUCAGCCAGUCAUGUCCGCGUGUUUUAUCUUAGAGUUUCACCCUUAAGAGUUGGAAACUGAUUUGGGAUGUGAUAGUAUUCCUAAGCUCUGACAGUCGAUUCGGAUGGUGGAGUAGAGAAUGUAAGGUCCGUUCUGUAUGCUUGCUCUUUAGCGACCUCCAUUAUCUGUUACAUCUGUUAAAUUCAUUAUUUGUACAGUUCUGAAUUAUUAUGAUUGCUGUUCAUGUAGGGAAACAUGGUUAUGAUAGGAACAAGAAUAGAAAUGUCCCCAAUGCUAUUUUUUAAAUUCACUUGUAACUGUUACUCUUAUACUUGUGUAUGACAAAAUAAAAUUUGUAAAAAACACUUUAGCAUGAAAAAUAAAAUUUGUAUCAAUGAAGU